ACCCGUCUAGGAGCGGGCUGACCUCUGACAGAGCACCGCUUUCCGGCCCGCAAAUACGGAAGCAGCAUGGCGUCAAACACCGACAUCUCCGAGCGCCAAAGAAGCGCGCGACAAAGACUGAGCAUUAUAGCCGGCCAUUUGCAGAAAACCGAGCAGAAUGAACACACGGCGUUAUCCGCGCAUGAGUGUAAAGCCGAGGCGGCCAGGUCCAACGCUGCUAAAGUGACCGCGGUGCCGAAAAGAAGGCAAGAAAUAAUGAAGUGGAAUGGCUGGGGUUACAGUGAUUCCCGGUUUCUCUUUAACAAGAAAGGCCAGGCAGAGUUCACAGGCAAAAGGUAUCGGUUAAGUGGUCUGAUUCUCCCCAGCCUGAAGGACUGGUUUGAGGGUACAUUUGGUGCCAACUUGCAACAUAAAACCCCAGCUACAGCCACUUUGAAUGUGAGUGCGGUCCCACCCCCUAACCUGAACGAGCUGUUUGUGGAGGAGGUAAAGGCUGCCGGUGUGGCCCUGUCAGCUGACCCAGAGGACCGAGUGUUCCGCUCUCAUGGUCACUGCCUACAUGAGAUCUUUGCUCUGAGGGAGGGGAGAAUUGGCAAAAUACCAGACCUGGUUGUUUGGCCAAGCUGUCACGAUGAUGUAGUGAAGAUUGUGGAGCUGGCCUGCAAGCACAAUGUGUGUUUGAUACCAUAUGGAGGUGGUACGAGUGUGUCCAGCGCUCUAGAGUGCCCCCCAGAGGAAGUUCGAUCCAUUGUCUCUCUAGACACCUCUCAGAUGAACCGAAUAUUGUGGAUUGAUGACAAAAACCUAACGGCCCAUGUAGAGGCUGGCAUCAUUGGCCAGGAUCUGGAAAGGCAGCUGAAUGAGAGCGGCUUUUGCACUGGACACGAGCCUGACUCGAUGGAAUUUAGCUCUCUUGGAGGCUGGGUGGCUACACGUGCAUCAGGCAUGAAGAAAAACAUCUAUGGCAACAUCGAAGACCUGGUGGUACAUAUAAAGAUGGUGACCCCUAGAGGUGUGAUUGAGAAGAGCUGCCAGGGUCCCCGACUGUCCACUGGACCGGACAUCCACCAUUUCAUCCUGGGUUCUGAAGGUACACUGGGUGUGGUCACAGAGGUGACGAUGAAGAUCCGUCCAAUCCCCGAAUAUCAGAAAUAUGGCUCUAUUGUCUUCCCAAACUUCCAGCAGGGCGUGGCUUGUCUGCGGGAGGUGGCUAAACAGAGAUGUGCUCCAGCUUCUAUUCGACUGAUGGACAAUGAGCAGUUCCAGUUUGGUCACGCUCUUAAGCCUCAAGUGUCCUCCAUCUUCACGUCGUUUUUGGAUGGGCUGAAAAAAUUUUACAUCACAAAGUUUAAAGGCUUUGAUCCCCAUCACCUGUGUGUGGCCACUCUGCUGUUUGAAGGAGAUCGGGAGAAGGUGUUGCAGCAUGAGAAACAGGUUUACGACAUUGCUGCCAAAUUUGGGGGCCUGGCAGCAGGAGAGGAUAAUGGACAGAGAGGAUACAUGCUCACCUUCGUCAUUGCUUACCUGCGGGAUUUGGGGAUGGAUUAUUACGUGAUAGGCGAAUCAUUUGAGACGUCCGUGCCUUGGGAUAGAGUUUUGGACCUGUGCAGAAAUGUAAAGGAGAGGAUCGUGAGAGAGUGUAAAGAGAAAGGAGUGCAGUUUCCAGCACUGGCUACAUGCAGGGUAACACAGACAUAUGACGCUGGUGCAUGUGUGUAUUUCUACUUUGCCUUCAACUAUAGAGGUCUCAGUGAGCCAAUACAUGUCUAUGAACAAGUGGAGCACGCAGCCCGAGAGGAGAUUCUAGCCAAUGGGGGAAGCCUGAGUCACCAUCACGGAGUGGGCAAGCUGCGGAAGGAGUGGAUGAGGGAGACUGUCUCCAGUGUGGGUCUGGGCAUGCUCAAGUCCGUAAAGGACUAUGUGGACCCCAACAACAUAUUUGGCAACAGAAACCUCCUGUAACACCACUUUUAAAAAGCCCACGGUUUUUGGUCCCCCCCCCCCCCCCCCCCCCCCAACACACAGUCCUAUUGGAAUCGAGGCAUAGUACAAGCAAUUUCUAUGUAUGCAAGACAAGCAGUGAUUUUCUUUUCAGCUUUUGAUCAAAUAUCUAAUUCUAUUCCAGUACCUUUCCACAAAACUCAGCAGAAGACAAAACGCUUCCCGCCCUCUGUCUCCUCCCCCUCUCCACCCCCUUCUUCACAUUUCAGUUAUACUGCUGUGAGAAAGGUGAAAGUUCAAACAUGACGUCUGACGAGUCCCAAUCUUUUAUUGCAAUUUAUUUAUUUUAUUUUUUUUCCAGCUUCACAAAUCCAUCGACUGCCAAUGAGAAGUUGCCUUUCACAGAAAGUUAGGUCAAAGAAACUGAUUACGAAACACUGAUUAUAUAAAGAUGUUUUGUUUACCCGCUUCCCUGUUGAACUCAUUUUUCAUUUCUUGCUGAUCUUGCCAACUUUGGCUUGAUCUGACUUUUGAUAUAUUAAAUGAAAGUAUGUUCCUGUGUAGUUUGUGCGUGACACUACUUUAGUGUUGACUGCAUUGUGCUUUUUAAAAGCAGUGUGCCUUCUCUUUCUGUCUGUCUGGGUGUUGGCCUUGCCAAAAAAAAAAGUGAGACUCCAUUUAAACGUCUGCGGUCUCUUCACACAGCUCCUUUGGACCUCUGCAGUUCCUUAUAUUUCCCUUUUGCCUUUUCUAACUGUCUGUUCCAACUUUUUUGCCAGGGUCUUUGUCUAUACACUUGGAUGUUUUAUCUACAGCCCUUCCCGAUAUUUUGAAAUGUUUGUAUAGAUGUGUCUGUUCAUUGUGCAGCGUAGGAAACGUGUGUCCAUUCUCACAGGAGUUCCACCUUGCUCCUGCAGAUUUAAAAAAAAAAAAAAAACUUGCUCUAGCAUGGUGAAAGCAUCAAAGUUCCUGAUUCUUUCCUGUCUGUGUAGUAUGCUUUAUCAUGGUGUCCAUGAAGAGACCAGGCCUGAGUUUCCCAAAAGCGUCGCAGCACAAAGAUAAUCGUUAAAUGGUAGCGCAAGCUGCACAAUGAACACUCUCUCUCUCCUAGUUAAGAUGCUCUUAGCGUUAAGAGGCUUUUGGGAAACCCACCCCAGUUCAGUUUGGUUUCUUAGUGUUUCAUAAUGAAAGUGUGAGACCCUUGUCCUCCUACCAAAGACUUUCAGCCUUUCAGUCCUUUAGCUAUAUGCAUUUCAUACACCUGUAAAUUGAAUAUAGAUCAUAUAUCACAUGCAUAUAUUUGUUUAUAAAUGAUCAUCCAAGAGUUACCAUGAUGUGUGUGUGUUUUCAGCACAGCAUAUGCAAAAUGUAAGAGAUGAUCUGUAAAUAUUAGGGAUUUAAUCACUUCAUCUAGUACUAAUGUUUGUCCAAGCUCACAAAGAAGCCUGGCUAUGGAUGUUAAGUAGACAUUUUGUGGAUUUUCAGCUGCUGUGUGAAAAGGUGGCUGUCUGAACGCAUCAAGAUUUCCUAAUGUCUCUAAGGAUGAAGUCGUGUGUUCUUGUUACUUAUGAGUUACUUAUGAUUUGCCUUCUCAAUCAAAAUCUAUUUCUGCACUUAUUUGGCUUUUGCGCUCUCUCUCUCUCUCUCUCUCUCUCUCUCUCUCUCUCUCUCUCUCUCAGCCUUUCUCACCCUUAAAGGAAAACUCCAGUUUUUCAACCUAAUGUCUGUCCACUAAAUGUGUAGCAUAUUUACCACAAACAAGAAUGGGGGAAAAAAUUACUCAAGUCACUUUAUGAAGUCCAAGGGCAAGUGUUCCAAUUCUUAUUAUUGUCCAUCCAUGAGCUAAAAUGUUAAUAUAUAGCACAAUUUGCACUUUACAGAAGGAUUUGUGAUACUCCUACACAAUCACACCGAGACUGUUUGUUUUUUGUAGGUGAUGCGUGUUUUUUUUUUUUCCCUAGAACAAUAAUUAUACAGAUUUAGAGGUUGGCAUUCGAAUACGUGUGACCCGAAUAUUUUAUAAUAAAUAAAUAAAAUGAAUGUUAAGUAUUUUUAGUACCUCAAUUAGGGAUGCACUGAUCUGACUUGCUCCAUGCCAAUUAAAGUUUUUGAUAUCGUCUAAUACCGGACCCUAAUCCAAUACUGAUAUUGUAGUACCGUAGGCGACAUGAUUCUGGCAUCAUGUUGACAAGUUUCAUCCCAUGGACACAUGGAAUUCAUGUCUUUUCUGUCAACGUGCUGUGUGUGCACAGCAACAAAUAACAUCGGUGAAUUGGAUCUGAAAAUAUAUCCAAUUUGAUGCAAUACUGAAUCAGCCUUUGAGGCCAGUAUCUGCACCAAAACUGAUCCGAGGUCAGUAUCGGUAUACCUCGACACCGUACAUUUGCCCUUGGAUGUCUAUUGUAAGUGAGCUUUGAGUAAUGAGGUGUUCAAUUCUCAGUGCAGGGGGGGAAAUGUAAAACUUGUCUGUAGUAAUCACAUGUACACUACAAAUGUGGAAGAUUAGAAAUUUAGAUUGAAAAAAAUACUUGAGUAUUCAUUUAAGCUGAACCUAAGCCUUCCUAGUAUACUGCUGUAUGGUGCUAGAGUUAAAUGCAAAGUUACUGAUGUCAAAUUCCUCAUUUGAUUUUUUUUUUUUUUUGUAUAAUCUUUGCCUUUAUACCAUUCUGCUGGUCCAACCAACCAUCCUGUGAUGAUUUCUAUGCAUCAUUUUCCCAUAUCGAUGUUAACUAUUUACAACCCCUGAGUGCUGAGUCUCUCACGCACUGCUCCAUGAAUAAAGUUUAUUGAAAGCUGUUGUAGAUACUUACACAAACCGGUCUUGCUUUUCUCUGUGAAAUAUGGAAUGAAGGAAAUAUUGGUGCUUAUUUGCCCCCUGUGAAUAUUUUCUGAACAUUCAUAGCAGCCUGAUCCUGCCAUUUCACAGCCUGCAAAUAUCCUGGAUGCUCCUUUUGGUCAUUCUCUGGUUUCCUUGUUAACAUGUUUAAUCUUGACAUUCAUUUUGUCAGUGCUGUUUGUGCAAUAAAUAACAUUUAAAACA